AGAACUGUCGUCCAGUCAUAAAAAAAAUUUGAACUGCGGUGUUUAUUAAAUUAAUUUUUUGUUUCUAUCGUCUCUGCACAAUUACGUAAAGUUUAAGGAACAGAUUCCAGUCUGCACAAUACUACAGUGAUGCAGUUGUAGUUUCAAAUGUUUCUCAAAAAUAUAUUGAACUUACAGUUCGCACUAAGUUUGUUAUUGGGAUCGAUAUGUGUGUUUGGGGAUUUUGUUGUGGAAUUAUUCCAAAGUACUCGAGUUUUGCGGGCAUUCUUCGAUAAUUUAACGCAUGGAGCUGUGGGGAGUUUGGCUGCCUUCAUCAUUGUUAAUGAGUUCCGAGAUAAGAUAACCGUGACGGAGCAUACGUUGCUGAUAUUAAUGUGCUUUAUUGUUGCAUCAGUAAUUGACGCUGAUCAUUUCAUACACGCAAAAUCGUUCAGUCUGAAGGCAGCAACAACAUUAUCGGCCCGUGCAUUUCUACACUGUUCAACAAUAACUAUCGGCCUAUUUGUACUGUUCUUAAUUGGGACAUGUUAUCGAUCGCUGCUGCUCAACUUAAUCAACGCAAUGCUAAUCAAUGCAUUUGUGACACAUCAAACGAGAGACGCGGCUAGAAGAGGCUUCUGGUUCUGGCCAAUCGGUCACACACCACCGUGUCCAUACUAUGCCUACAUACUGAUAACGAUGUGCACUCCUCAUGCACUGAUUUAUUUACUGAAAUUCUUCCGAAAUCGUUCGGAUAAUCGAAAUAAACUUUUGAUCAAUGUGUAGUCGUUGUAACAGAGGCAGUAUUGUUUUGGAGGGUCAACGGACUCUGACAAUCCUAAUAAGCCGAUAAAAUUACUUCUGUGUGUGUGCAAUAAUUAGAUACGAAUUGAGAUGAUAAUGCAGACGUAGUGACAGAGAGUGGCGAUUUACGCUUACGUAGGAUCAGAUGCCGUAAUGGAAUUAUGACUUUUUUAUAGUGGAACUGGCAAGAUAUCAGCAAUGGUUCGACAUAAUUGUUUACUUACCAAAGGGGUCACGAUUUGUUGGAUGGGAAAGCCAUAUCAUUGAAUUAAUGAGCUUUAAUAUAGUGAAGGAAAUUAUGGACGUGAACAGACUGUUCAAACAUUUCAUGCAGACGAAUGUUAUCGCCAAAGAA